CCUCGUGAUUGACGUCAGCACUACGCGACAGUCAAACGGUUUGUGUUUCGGCUACUUAGCUAACAGGUUAGUUAGCCGUGUUUGGGUUUGUUUUUACCUCUAAUGUGGACUUAUCAUGAGGUAAGACAUUAAACAAGCUCAUCUUCAUCACCGGUUUGUUCAUUUUUUCACACCGACAGCACAGAAGAACCCGCUGCUUCACCCGGAGCUGCGGCUAACUACUAGCUUCAUUUAAUCAGCUGCUCCUAAUGUAUGCGGAAUGCGCAACCGUUGCGGAUGUGGUGCAGAAGAAAAUGCGCAUCGAUGCGACAUGAAACAGAAAAAAACAUCACGUAAAAACAAAGCGCUUAAUUGUCAUAAUGCUCUAUGCAGCUGAACGUAUUGAUUUGAUGCAUUUGUAUUUCGGCUCCAGAUGCGAGUCUGGAUGAUGCUUCAGUUAGAAAAAUGGACAUGUAGCUCUUAGCCUGCCGUUCUAGUCUCUGCUUAUGUGAUUUUAUUUAUUAUACCUUUAUUUUGUGUUCCAUGUCAGCGUAGAUGAGAAUAAGUGGAAAGGAUUUAAAUGGGUCCAGAUUGACGUCAUAGUCUUACACAUUACAUUUGUUUGAUCUUUUUAGGUAAAUAUUUUUCAUAACACUGACUUAAUCUAAAAAUUAAACAAGUUAAAUGUAGCCUAAUAGUUUUUUUUCCUAAAAGAAAACCUGCCAUUUGGAUGCUAUGUUCAAAGCAGGCUCGUGAUAAUGCUGAAGUGUUGAUAUCUGAAGCAUUUUAGGCUUUUUAAACCAGACUUCAUGGGGCAGAAGCUACCAGGAUCAGAAUUGGCCCUCCAGUCAGUUCUACUGUAAAACCAGAUCUGAUCCAUGACCGAGUACUACGAGGAGGGGGGGCUGCUGUACGAGCAAUCACCUCCCAUGCACAUCAAAGUGGAGUCUCCGGAGGGACCCUUUGGAGGGGGAGCCUCAGAAAAUGGCUUCCCCCGGGAGGACGAGGACUCAGAUGGCAGCUGUGACCAGAGCCAACCUUUACCUGGAGGACUCCCCUUCAACGUGGUAGUGGUACACCCAAACAUCAUGGCGCCUGGCAUGUCCUCAGAUGACCUCCUGUCUAUCGAACAAAACAGAGCCAUGUCUGCUGCACUGGCUGCUGGUGGAGCCGGCAAAAGGAAGAGCCGAUUCAGCGGAGCCGAGCUGGAAGUGUUGGUGUCAGAAGUCACUCGCUGUGAGGGAGAACUGUUUGGUCCGGCUGGCAGGCUCCGACGGCGAGAAAGAGAGCGGAUCUGGGCUGAAAUCCUGGAGAGAGUCAAUGCUGUGUCCAGAGUCCCACGCACUCUUCGAGAGGUAAAGAAGCGCUGGGACGAUUUAAAGAGGCGCAAUGGAGGCCGUCUGGCAGAUGCUCGUCAUCGCAGCUGUUACCUACCGUCCAGCAGGGGAGCCUCCAUGCUUGGACGCUCUUCUCAGUCGAGCCCCAGGCUUCAGCAAGCCAGACCAAAGCAAAGCACCAGACCCAAGCUCAGUUUCCCGUGCUUCCCUGACUCCGACCCAGGGGUAGGAGUGGACGGGUCGGAAAGAGACGGUUUUGAGAAAGACGAGGACAACCCUGAGCAUGAAAGAGACCUGGGGGAACCCGACUGUGAGGCGGUGGAGAACAGCAUGGAUGACAAACUGGGAUUAGGACUGGGUCUUGGAAUUGGACCACCCCCUCCCUCUGAACGAUGGCUGCCUCCUUCUCCUCUCUAUAGUGCUCCUUUUCUCAAUGGCAGCCCUCAACCCAGCAGUCCGCAGCCAUCGCUUGGGGCACAGCAGGGUCCUCUCGAAAUCCCCUCACGCAGCUCCUGGCUCGAAGAUGAACUUCGAGGGUUAGGAGAAGCCGCAGUUCAGCUGGGAAAUCGGGUGGAAAAGAGUCUCCAGGAUUUUGGCGAAGGUUUUAGAGAGGACAUGAGAACCCUUGUCGCAUCACAAGAGGCAUUAGCAAUCAGCUUGCAACAAAACAAUGUCCUGUUGCAAAGGCUUUUGGCGGUGUUGGAAGCCCAGCAACAACAUCCACCACAGCCCCAGCAACAUCGUGUACAAGUGCAACCAUCACAAACGCCUCAGCGGCACUUACAGCCACAGUCUGUUCCCCAGCAGCUACAGCCAUUAGAACCGCAGCAGCAGCGGGCUGAAACGCCACAGCACUCGCAUCAGCCACAACACCAAACACAGCAGCAACCACACAUCUCCCAACAUUUGAAUAAUCACUCAGCUGCUGCUGUGGCACCUGCACCUUCACCCCCGAAUAUUCACGGCACUUUUUCUUCUGACCCAACAGUAGGCACAAAUGGAAACACGCAGAAGUCGCGGCGAGGUAGAGCGGCUGACCACAGACGCAGAAGACGGCGCUGAGAAUGUAUUCAAUGAAACGAUGUGGUGCAUAUUUGAUGUUUUAAAAUGUGACAUGUGACAAUGCUUUUUUUACAUGCAGUAUUUCUGUAUUUAAUAUUUAUCUGCAGUUCCACAUCUCACCACACAUCUGUGAUUCAUUUGGUUCUUUAGGGUUUUGAAUCUGAAAGGACUGAAGCAGCACAGAUAAGUAGACACAAGAUAAUAGGGUGGCCUUAACAUUAUCUUCGUUCCUCAGAUGUGUGCAUGUACUUGUGCUAAAAUACUUUAUAGAAAAAAGCACCUAAAAAGAAGUGACAGCUUCAUUCGCCGAAACUCAAAAAAUGGCAGUUGCGGAUGCUCGUUGUGCGUGUAUCUCAACAUGACUUGCGGCAGUGAUGCUCCUAAAGUUUCAGCUCGUUUCUCCACAUUCAAAAAGUACUUGUGAUCUGCAGUCUUUUCCAUUUGUAGUUUUGCAACCAUUGUAUUUACCUGAUAAUGUAAGCUUGUGCUUUUUUAUUUUGAAGGGGCACUUUAAUGCCCUCAUAAUAGAAAUGAAGGAAAGGGAAAAUAUUGGAAUGAAAUGCUAAAUGCAUCUGGUUCAGACCCCUUGUUGAUGGGUCAUAUUUUCUUACUGGUUCUGUUUUAAUGGUUUCACAAUGCAAAUAUGUCCAAGUUUUGAUUGCACUCUAAAAGUGUGUUCAUUCUAACGCAAAAUGUUAUAUUUUAAUGAAUUUUAAAAAUUGGAAAGAUUUUUUUAAGUAUAAACAUAACAGACAUUGUGAUUCAGACUUAAAUUUAUGUUUAAGGUGAAUUUUAAAACAUAUCUAAGAAUCUAGGGGGUGUUGAUCUUGCAUGCAGCAUCAUGGAUGUGUUUGUAUAUAGCUACAAAGAAGCAUUAUAUGACCAUCAUCUAUGUAGUUUUGCACAGGUUCUAUUUUGUAGAUAGGUACUGUUCAGAUUAAAUGUAACUAAACCUAAUAAAAUUAAAAAGCUGAAGAGAUUUAGCUUCUAAAAGACAAAUUGCAAUGUUACUGAGUGAGUUCAAAAGUUUACUAAUGUUGAAUUAAGUUGAGAAGAAAAAGUUAAGUGUGUGGAACAAUAAAAUCACAACAAGUAGUAAACUGGAAA